AUGGUUGUUGCUGAAGUCGCAGCAUUACCAUCAACAAGUCCAAGAAAACCAUUUAAACCUAGACCUACAAGAAAUUUAAAUAAUAAUGGAAAUAAUAGUGGUGGUGGAGGUGGAGGAAAUUUAAAUAAAAGAAGUAAUUCACAUUCAAAUAAACAUUUACAACAACAACAAGUUGAAGAUCCUAAAAAACAAGAAGAAAUUGAAAGACAAAUUCAGGAUAUAGUAGCAAAAGCAUUAGAAGUUGACUCCGCUGCAAAAUUAGCAGAGAAGGAUAGAAAAGCUCGUGUUGGAGAAAAGAGAAAUAGUACAAAAGAAUCACAACAACAACAACAAAAAAGUUUGUAUUCUAUUCCAACAACAUCAACAACUUCUAUACUUGAUAAUGUUGGAAAGUUUGCUUCUCUUUCAUCAACAAAUGCUAGACAGCAACAACAAAACAUUGAUUUCCAAGUAGUAAAGACUGAUAAUGUAAUUAUGCAAAAUUUCCUCUCUGCUGCUGUGGCUGCCUCACAACAGCAACAACAAGCAAUUGGUAUUAAUUCAAAUAACAAUACGAACAACAAUAAUCCACCAGAUACUCCAACAAAUUUUGAUGAAAGGAAAUCAACACCUUUAAAUGAGCAUCAUUUUCGUACUUUGGGGACAACAACAUUGUUAACAACAAAACUUGAAAAUGUUGGUAGUCCAACUUUACAGCAACAGCAACAACAUUUAAAUUUCAAUUUUACACCUUCUUCUGUUUCUUUAGCUAUACAACAAGGAGGUGUUCCAACAUCAAUGUCUGUUGCCAACAAUGUUUUUGUUGAUGUUUCUUCUUCUUCUGCUUCUUAUGUAAACAGUAACAAUGUUUCCAACAAUGUUUCUACGAACAUGUUUGGAGAAAACAUUGAUAAAAACAAGCAAAACAUUCAAAACAACAACAAUGUUUCGACAAACAAUGUUUCGACAAACAUUUCCUCAAACAUGCCCACAAACAUUUAUGGGGGCAACAACAACAAUAAAAACAUUGUUGUUAAUAAAAACAUUUCCAACUUUUUUUCUUCUGAUGUUUUGAACAACAACAACAACAAUUCUUCUUUUUCAUCAAAACAUCAACAAAAACAACAAACAUCAACAACAACAUUAUCAACAUCUCCCCCAUUUAUUUCUUUAAAUUUGCCUCCAAACACUUGUUGUAAUCCUCCACCAACAAAUGUUGUUGUAAAAGUUGAAAGUAAACAACCUUUAAUACAACAAAAACAACAACAACAACAAACACAACAACGUCAAUAG